AUGUACCAGGCGAAUCCGGAGCUCCACGAGCUGAUCACUUCCGGUGCCUUCGUUCAGAGUCAGAGUGCAGUGCCACUGCGGGCGUGGAAAGACGAACUCGGGCGUCUGCGCCUCUGGGCCGGCAACAUCGGAGCUCAUCAGACUGGCCAGUCAUCCCUGGAUUAUCGCUUGAGGGAUGCUUCGCAUAUCAAGAACCAGACCGUUAGAAUUUUAGAGGCGAUAAGGAAACUCCUUGCAGAGUUAAGAAACAGCCUCAGUGGAGAAAAGGAAGAUGUAGAAGACGACCAGCUGGAUGAGGACUUGCAAAGCCUUAUCGCAGAGUUGAAUCUAGAUAAUCCGUCAGACUCUAUAUUGACUGUUUCAGACGCCCACGAGAGCCUGGUCAACAAGAUAUCACAGCUGUUCGACAUCUCCAUGACGGUCCGCAAGCCCGCCCAACAAGACCGUCUGAUCGGAACCGAGAAGAGCGAUGCAGAGCCCUUUAAAUUUAAUUUUCAUCAGCAUGUGUCACAUAAGUAUCCACAGGCGGAGAAUCAGCUUACUGAGCGAAUUAGCUCUGCAAUGGCUCGGCAAAGAGCGAUCCUGAAAUACCGAGAGCGACAUCACCUAAAACUCAAUCAGGGCCUGAACAUUGGAGCCGAUGACAAUACCACAGUACAACUAUCAGAGACUGUCGCAAGUGCAUUCAAACUGGAGACACCCGGUCAAAAACCAGAUGACCUGAUGAGCAAUUCCGAUGCGUCCUUCACCUCAUACGCAGGCAGUCUGCUGUCCGGAGGCGAGAAACUGGCAAUUCCUGCAUUUCCAAGAGAAGCCGCAGAACGAAGACCGUUUGAAUGCCCUUAUUGUUACUAUAUCAUUACAUUGAAAGACCGGCAGGCCUGGGCAAGGCAUAUAUUCCGCGACCUAUCGCCGUAUAUUUGCAUCUUCUCCGGUUGUCCGACACAAAACAAACUUUACGAGAGCCGGAAGGCCUGGUAUCGCCAUAUUCGUCAAACACACAUGGCGAGCCAGGAUGUACGAGGAAGCUACGCAUGUCCGCUAUGUGCUGAAGAUUUGCUUCCGAUGGCUUCUUUCGAAAAACACGUUGGUCGCCAUCUGGAAGAGCUGUCUCUGUUCGUGCUACCUCGGGGCACAGAGGAUGAUGAAGUCCUCGACGACGAAUCCGGGAACGACGAAUCCGGGAACGACGAAUCCGGGAACGACGAAUCAGAGCAUGGCGACUCAGGGCAUGGAGAAUCGGAUAACGGCGGCCAGGAAACCGAAAGUGUUGCAAGGCCUGGAGAAGACGAUGCUAUCAUCAUGACGCUGAAUGGGAUAAGGAUGAGUUUUCCCAAAGGGUCUGUUGGGGAGAAGACCAUCAGUGUACGAGCUGGCGAAAGCAGGGAUAAUGCAGCUACAAAGGCUACUGGGCUCGAUCCCGAUGUGGUUGCCCCAGAGGGCGCGGAAGAACCUAAAACUCGAGGCCGAAGAAUGUCUACAGGAGGAUCAAGCAACGUAGAGAGACAUCCCAGAGCACGAGACCGAGCAAGAUCCCGUCAAGCGGCCCCUGCGAGUGCCUCUCCGCCACGAACUCAACGGCUGCGACAAGCCCUCGAUCUCCGUCGGCCGCAGGUGGAGAUCGACCGGCGAACAGACCUCGAGGAUCUUACCUUCCAGGAGGAUAUUGAACGACUCGAGCUCAGUGAGCGGCGGGCUCGAAGGCUUGAGAGACUUGAGGCAGAAGAGUACCAGAGGGCCAUUGAGGAGGAAGCAUUGCGGGCGCAGUUUGAGGAGAAGUUCAGGAAGGAAGAAGAAGAAAGAAUAGCGAAGGAGCGUAAGAGGAAGCAAGCAGCCAUAGAGGAGUGGAAGCUUGCUGAGAUCAAGAGACGUGAAAAUGAAUUGAAUGAAUUCAAGGAGCACCUGAGGGAUGAGUUUGGUUAUACCGAGGAGGAAACUGAAAAGAUCGUGAGGAAGAGAGCAGAGACAUCGAAGAAGGACAAGGGACGGGACGAGGACGAGCAGCAGCGCCGCGAUACGUGGAUCAAGGUUCACCGCAAGUAUCUUCUUCCAGACACGCUGAUGGCAUACCACCUUCCAUGGGACUGGGAUGAGAAUGACGGCAACUAUAUUAUCAUCAAGCAAUGGAUCGCCGAAGAUAUGCAGGAAGAACUUUUUGCGCACACCCGCCGCAUACGGGAAGGUCACUAGGGUGUAUAGCACCUCGACUGGGCUUGAGAUCAACGACUACUCGAAGUACAAGGAGUACCUUGUGCCCAAUAACAUUAGAGAACGGUCAUUUAGUUCUACUCGAUGUCAAUAUCUGUUUGAUUGUGGCGGCUACUUUGCGAUUCCCGAUGUGUUGCUUCGAUCUCAAUAUUCUACUUUGGAGGAUUGCUAUUAGUUUGGGAUCUUGCUGUGAUUACCAAGCAUCUACACUGCCAGACCGUAGGUCCCAAAUGGACACAGCCCUCAAACAAGCUCGCAUAAAUUGAUGAACUAG